GUUGCCGUCUUUCCCCCAGGCGAGCUCGGACCGAGGCCCCGUCUGGCCUUCAUGGAUCUCCUCUCCUCCCUCACGUCCUCGUCCUCCUGUCCCCACCUGUACCGCUGGGCCGGUUACCGCGGCAACGCCUCCCUCAGCCCGGUGAUCCUGCGCCACUACAACCACACGGGCCGCCUGCAGAACCGGACGCCGGCGGCCUCCGACUCCCCGGGCGCCUCGGCGGCCGUCCUCCUCUCCCUCAGCGUCUUCAUCGUGGCGGAGAACGCGCUGGUGCUGGCGGCCGUGGUCUCCCGGGUCCUGCGCAGCCGGCGCUGGGUCUACGUGUGCCUGGCCAACAUCACGCUCAGCGACCUCCUGACCGGCGCCGCCUACCUGGUCAACGUCUGCAUGUCGGGCGGCCGGACUUUCCGCCUGUCGCCGGCGCUCUGGCUCUUCCGGGAAGGCCUGCUGUUCGUGACCCUGGCGGCGUCCGUCUUCAGCCUGCUGCUGAUCGCGGUGGAGCGCUACCUGACCAUCAUGAAGUCCGCCAGGAGCUCCUACUACCGGAUCUACGGCCUGGUGGCGCUCUGCUGGGCUUUGGCGCUGGUGCUGGGGUUCCUCCCCUUGUUGGGGUGGAACUGCGUGUGCAGCCUGGACCGCUGCUCCACCCUUCUGCCGCUCUACUCCAAGACCUACAUCCUCUUCGCCCUCCUCGUCUUCUUCCUCAUCCUCCUGGCCAUCGGCGUGCUCUACGGCGCCAUCUACUGCCACGUGCACAAGAGCGCCCGACUCGGGCUCCAGCGGGGCCGCAGGCGCUCCACGGCCCUGCUGAAAACCGUGGUGGUCAUCGUGGGGGUCUUCAUGCUCUGCUGGGGGCCGCUCUUCUCCCUGCUGCUGGUGGACUUCUUCUGCACGUCGCGCCGAUGCUCCGCGCUCUUCCGCGCCGACUUCUUCAUCGCCCUGGCGGUCCUCAACUCCGCCGUCAACCCCGUCAUCUACGCCCUGGGCAGCGGCGAGAUGAGGCGGACCAUGGCUCGGCUGCUCUGCCGCAAGGAGGCGCUCUCCUCCAAGGAGACCAGCAGCACCUCGGAGAACAAGGCCAGGAACCCCAAGGCCAGGAGAAAAUGCCGGCUGAGUUCCACCACCAGCUGCCUGUCGGUUUCCAGUGGUUAGACCACGAAUGGGCGCCCCCGCCCGUGCAAACAGGACCUGUGAACUCGUGCGGUAGAACCGCUUCCUCUCUGAUGACACUUUGUUUAAAAGGAGCACAGAUAUCUUGCCGCUGGCAACGAAGGAGCCGCGGUUCAGUAGUUGAACCAGCGUGAAGCAGAAACCCAGUUGGAGCCCAAACGCCUGCAGGAGGUUGAAGACGUAGAGCGGGAGUGUCCAAACAUUCCCUAGAGCAGGGGUCACCAACGCGGUGCCCGCGGGCCUGUUCUAAAAAUAGCUCAAAUAGCAGCACUUACCAGUGAGCUGCCUCUAUUUUUUAAAUUGUAUUUAUUUACUAGCAAGCUGGUCUCGCCUUGCUGGACAUUUUUAAUUCUAAGAGAGACAAAACUCAAAUAGAGUUUGAAAAUACAAGAAAAUAUCUUAAAGACUUGGUCUUCACUUGUUUGAAUAAAUUCAUUUUUUACUUUGCUUCUUAUUACGUUCAGAAAGACAAUUUUAGAGAAAAAAAAAUACAACCUUAAAAAUGAUUUUAGGAUUUUUAAACACAUAUACCUUUUUUUACCUUUUAAGUUCCUUCCUCUUCUUUUCUGACGAUUUGAAUCAUGGGUGUCAAACUCUGUUUAAUUUCACUUGGCUCGGUCGGUAGAGUGGCCGUGCCAGCAACUUGAGGGUUGCAGGUCCGAUUCCCGCUUCCGCCGUCCUAGUCACUGCUGUUGUGUCCUUGGGCAAGACACUUUACCCACCUGCUCCCAGUGCCACCCACACUGGUUUAAAUGUAACUUAGAUAUUGGGUUUCACUAUGUAAAGCGCUUUGAGUCACUUGAGAAAAGCGCUAUAUAAAUAUAAUUCACUUCAUAUAUAUAUAUAUGUAUGUAUGUAUGUAUGUAUGUAUGUAUGUAUGUAUGUGUGCAGGCUUCACGGUGAAAGAGGGGUUAGUGCGUCUGCCUCACAAUACGAAAUUCCUGCAGUCCUGGGUUCAAAUCUGUGUGGAGUUUGCAUGUUCUCCCCGUGAGUGCGUGGGUUCCCUCCGGGUUCUCCGGCUUCCUCCCACCUCCAAAGACAUGCACCUGGAGAUAGGUUGAUUGGCAACACUAAAAAUUGGCCCUAGUGUGUGAAUGUGAGUGUGAAUGUUGUCUGUCUAUCUGUGUUGGCCCUGCGAUGAGGUGGGGACUUGUCCAGGGUGUACCCUGCCUUCCGCCCAAUUGGGAAUAAGCGGUAGAAAAUGGAUGGAUGGAUGUCAAACUCUGGCCCGCGGGCCGUUUAAUUUCACUUGGCGCUUGGGGCGGCAUAGCUCGGUCGGUAGAGCGGCCGUGCCAGCAACUUGAGGGUUGCAGGUUCGAUUCCCGCUUCCGCCAUCCUAGUCACUGCUGUUGUGUCCUUGGGCAAGACACUUUACCCAUCUGCUCCCAGUGCCACCCACACUGGUUUAAAUGUAACUUAGAUAUUGGGUUUCACUAUGUAAAGUGCUUUGAGUCACUAGAGAAAAGCGCUAUAUAAAUAUAAUUCACUUCAUAUAUAUAUAUGUAUGUAUGUAUGUAUGUAUGUAUGUGUGCAGGCUUCACGGUGGAAGAAGGGUUAGUGCGUCUGCCUCACAAUACGAAGUUCCUGCAGUCCUGGGUUCAAAUCCAGGCUCGGGAUCUUUCUGUGUGGAGUUUGCAUGUUCUCCCCGUGAAUGCGUGGGUUCCCUCCGGGUACUCCGGCUUCCUCCCACCUCCAAAGACAUGCACCUGGGGAUAGGUUGAUUGGCAACACUAAAUGGUCCCUAGUGUGUGAAAGUGAGUGUGAAUGUUGUCUGUCUAUCUGUGUUGGCCCUGCGAUGAGGUGGCGACUUGUCCAGGGUGUACCCCGCCUUCUGCCCGAUUGUAGCUGAGAUAGGCGCCGGGGAAUAAGCGGUAGGAAAUGGAUGGAUGGAUGGAUGUCAAACUCUGGCCCGUGGGCCGUUUAAUUUCACUUGACCCUUGGGGCGGCAUAGCUCGGUCGGUAGAGUGGCCGUGCCAGCAACUUGAGGGUUGCAGGUUCGAUUCCCGCUUCCGCCAUCCUAGUCACUGCCGUCUUUGGGCAAGACACUUUACCCACCUGCUCCCAGUGCCACCCACACUGGUUUAAAUGUAACUUCGAUAUUGGGUUUCACUAUGUAAAGCGCUUUGAGUAACUAGAGAAAAGCGCUAUAUAAAUAUAAUUCACUUCACUUCACUUGAGGCAAUAUCAAAUUAACAUUAGAUCCGGCCCGCCGCUGUAACACCGCAUUCACCGCUAAUAGUCUUACUUGCCAACCCUCACUAUUUUCCCGGGAGACUCCCGAAGUUCAGUGCCCCUCUCCAAUUUCAUCUCCACGUCCGCUUUUCCUCCAUACCAGGGGUCGGGAACCUUUUUGGCUGAGAGAGCCAAGAAUUUUAAAAGGUAUUUCCGUAAGAGCCAUAUAAUAUUUUUUUUACACCGAACACAACUAAUCACCUACAUGUUUAGGUAAAACCAACAUUUAUAGAGUAUAAUAAGUAUGUUAUUCUCUGUAAUAACAUUGUUAUUCUGAAGCUAACUGUGGAGGGGGCGUGGCCUGCGGGCCUGCAGCGAAGCAGGGUGUGCCAGGACCGGCCUCGAAAUCAGCGACAGGUGCGUAAUAUGGCCCACCUGGGCCUUGUUAUCUAAUCACCUGUCGCUCUGUUUAUAAGCAGCAGCCAGGAGGAGAGACGGGGUUGGGGCUGCUAGCCAGAGUGCAAAGCGAGAACGAAAGAGAAAAAGAAAAUUGCUGGAAAGCGACUGAGAGACUUAUUGAAAAAUAAAACAAUAUUGUAAUCCUGAAACAGGCUCUCAUGUCGGUGCUUGGUGGUCCGAAGAACCCCCAGGAGGGCAAGCCCCGCACUAAUCAAUGAUAAAUAAAUAACUUUUUACCGUUAACGCAACUUCUUGAACAGGUGCGGUAGAAAACGGAUGGGUGGAUUAAAAUGCACGAAAAUGUUAAGGUUGGGUUUUAUCAAAUAAAUUUCCCCCAAAAAUGCGAUUUAUACUCCAGUGCGGCUUAUAUAUGUUUUUUUCCUUCUUUAUUAUGCAUUUUCGGCAGCUGCAACUUAUACUCCGGAGCGACUUAUACUCCGAAAAAUAGGGUAUAUAGAUAUAAGGCUUCAAGCUAUAAGCUCUAAACAGAUUUUUUUGUUGCAUUUUUGGUCCAAAUAUUGUUAUGCUCCGAUGCUAGGAUCAUCACAUAUUGUAGCUUUGUUCCUUUUUUCACAUCCUUAUUUCCUGUUUGCUCUGUCACCAUGGUCGCUUAUUUGUUCCACCCGCUCCCUUGUUUUUGACGCACACCUGUUUUGCUAAUCACCUGCCUUAUUUAAGCCUGCCCCUUUUUGUUAUUUCAUUCUCGGUUCCUAAUUUGCUUUCACGCAAGAGAUGACGACCUGCUUUCCAUGUUUGUACUCGCUAGCUUUCGCGCUGCGUUUUUGUUUAUUCCUAGCUCUCAUGCUAAUCGUUUUGUUUUCCCUUUUCAUGCCUUUGUGCCAAGUGUUAGUGUGUCUGUUUAUUUCCCUGGCUCCCAUGCUAGCGCCAUUUGUUUGCCUUUUCUGCAAAUCACCAGUAUUUUUGUUCUAGCCUGUUUUAUUAGUUUAAUAAAUACUUAUUUCUUACCUUACGCUGUGUUCUUGUCCGACGCAUCCCUGGAAGAACAUGUCCGGCAUCGCUAUGCCACGCAAGAUUCAAAAAUACAGCUUUUUUAAAUUUGAACGUUACUUUUAACACUGUGAUUACAAGCGGAAUUAUUCAUUACUUACCGUGUCAAGCAGUGUCAGUUUGGAUUUAUCUGAGAGCCAGAUGCAGUCAUCAAAAGAGCCACAUCUGGCUCUAGAGCCAUAGGUUCCCUACCCCUGCUCUAUACAAACAGCGUGCCGGCCCAGUCACAUAAUAUAUGCGGCUUCUACACACACACAAGUGAAUGCAAAGCAUACUUGGUCAACAGCCAUACAGGUCACACUGAGGGUGGCCGUAUAAACAACACUGUUACAAAUAUGCGCCACACUGUGAACCCACACCAAACAAGAUUGACAAAUUUUGGGAGAACAUUCACACCGUAACACAACACAAACACAACAGAACAAAUACCCAGAACGCCUUGCAGCACUAACUCUUCCGGGACGCUACAAUAUAUCACCAAACUACGUCUACCUCAACCCCACCGCCAAAAAAAGGCAUUCAAUUUUUAUUUAAAUUUUAUUUGAUAUGCCAUUGAUAUUUUUUAAUUAUUAUUAUUAUUUGAAACUCUAUUUUGCAUGUCACUAUAAAGUUAUUUGAGUUUGACACCCCUGAUUUAAAUCAAU